AUGUGGGGAAAUCAGACGUCUGUCACAGAGUUCAUCCUCAAGGGGUUUCCUGUUGGUCCGAGGAUGCAGCUGGCCCUCUUUGCAGUCUUCUCCCUAUUCUACACCUUUACUCUGCUGGGGAACGGGACCAUCCUGGGGCUCAUCUCCGUGGACCCCAGGCUGCAUACCCCCAUGUACUUCUUCCUCUCCCACCUGGCCGUCAUCGACAUAGCCUAUGCCUGCAACACGGUGCCCCGGAUGCUGGCAAACCUCCUGAGUCCCGCCAUGCCCAUCUCCUUUGCUGGUUGCCUGGCUCAGACCUUCCUCUUCCUGACUUUUGCUCUGACAGAGUGUCUGCUCUUGUUGGUGAUGUCCUAUGAUCGCUACAUGGCCAUCUGUCACCCCCUCCGGUACUCCGCCAUCCUGAGCCGGAGACUCUGCACCUCUCUGGCAAUGGCUUCCUGGGCAUGUGGCUCCCUGCUGGCUCUGGUCCAGUUGAGCCUCAUCCUGCGGCUGCCCUUCUGUGGGCCUCAGGAGAUCAACCACUUCUUCUGUGAGCUCCUGUCUCUCCUCAGGCUGGCCUGUGCAGACACUUGGCCUAACCAGGUGGUCAUCUUAGUUGCUGCUCUGUUAGUGUUGGUGGGGCCCCUCUGCCUGGUGCUGGUCUCCUACACCCGCAUCCUCGUCGCCAUCCUGAGGAUCCAGUCCGGGGGCGGGCGCAGAAAGGCCUUCUCCACCUGCUCCUCCCACCUCUGCGUGGUGGGGCUCUACUUCGGCAGUGCCAUGGUCACUUAUAUGACCCCCAAAUCCGGCCAGUCUGAGGAACAGCAGAAAGUCCUUUUCCUAUUUUACAGCAUCUUCAACCCAAUACUGAACCCUCUGAUCUAUAGUCUGAGGAACGCAGAGGUCAAAGGAGCCCUGUGGAGGGUGCUGUCCAGGGAGGUUCAUUCCCAAAUGGGCUGA